CAACAAUGACGACAUCCAAGAUAAUCUAUCGACCGCAGGAGUAAACGUCUGAUUGCUGUUUUUAUGGCAUCCCUACGUUGGAGAACUCGAAGCAGCAGCAAGAACUCAAACCCACUCCCAGAAAUAGGAAAGAUUAGAUUCAGCACGGUACGUUCGUAGAGAUGAAUGGGUUCAGAUUUAGAACUUCUGCGUUUGGUUUGAUAACGGUUUACAGUACCUACGAUCACUCUGCACCGUAUGAUGUGUUAAUGUUUAACUCUCCACUACAACCUUUAAUCCUGCAAUGAAUCUGCACUUUGAACCGAGAUACUCCUUGAGUUACUUGAGAGGAAACAGCACCCAGCAAACUUCAUCACUACAGAGAGACGGACUGAAAACCAGACGAUCAGAUUUACCUUCAGACCAAACUAACAACUUCCUCUGAGUUCUGCUGCAGGAGAGAAAAGAGGAAACUACAACACUGCUGCUUCAACCUGAGGACCUUCCACACCCUGAAGCUUCACUCAGAGACAACAUGGCUUCCAGAUCAGAGGAAGAUCUCUGCUGUCCGGUCUGUAAGGAAGUCUUUAGAGACCCUGUGGUUCUGUCCUGUAGCCACAGCUUCUGUAAAGCCUGUCUGAAGAACUGGUUUAGAGAGAAACCAACACAAGAGUGUCCAGUCUGUCAGAGAAGAUCUUCAAGAGGAGAACCUCCCUGUAACCGGGUGUUGAAGAACCUGUGUGAGAGUUUCCUACAGGAGAGAGGUCAGAGACCUCCAGAGGCUCUCUGCAGUCUGCACUCUGAGAAACUCAAACUCUUCUGUCUGGACCAUCAGCAGCCAGUGUGUGUCGUCUGCAGAGAUUCAGAGAAACACAGCGUCCACAGUUUCAAACCAAUCGAUGAAGCUGCACGACAACACAGGAAGAAGCUUCAGGAAACUCUGCAGCCCUUAAAGGAUAAGUUAGAGACUUUUGAAGAAAUUAAAGUGAAGUUUGAUCAAACAGCAGGACACCUGAAGGUCCAGGCCCGACGCACAGAGACGCAGAUUAAGAAGCAGUUUAAGAAGCUUCACCAGUUUCUAGAAGAGGAAGAGGAGGCCAGGAUGGCUGCACUGAGGGAGGAAGAGGAGCAGAAGAAGAGGGUGAUGGAGGAGGAGAUGGAGGCUGUGAGCAGAGAGAUAGCAGCUCUUUCACACACAGUCAGAGCCACAGAGGAGGAGCUGAGAGCUGAAGACGUCUCCUUCCUGCACAACUACAAGGCUGCAGUGGAGAGGCUGCAGCGCCCCCUGCUGGAGGAUCCACAGCUGCCCUCAGGAGCUUUGAUAGACCAGGCCAAACACCUGGGCAACCUCAGCUUCAACAUCUGGAGCAAGAUGAAGGACAUAGUGUCCUAUUACCCUGUGAUCCUGGACCCAAACACUGCUGAUCCAGACCUCAUUCUGUCUGAAGAUCUGACCAGUGUGAGAGAAGAAGAAGAAGAAGAGGAGCGAGAGGAGGAAGAGGAGGAACAGAAACGUCCUGAUAAUCCAGAGAGGUUUGAUAACUACUCUGUCCUGGGCUCUGAGGGCUUUAACUCAGGGACUCACAGCUGGGAUGUCCAGGUUGGAGACAAUACAUGCUGGGAACUGGGUGUGUUAGCAGAGUCUGUCGACAGGAAAGGAGACAUGGAGUCUGGAUUAUGGAGCAUACAGUUUUAUGAAGGUAAAUACUCAGCAUGGUCACCACCAGGUCAAGAAACUCCUCUCCUCCUGAAGAAGAAGCUCCAGAGGGUCAGAGUGAGUCUGGACUGGAACAGAGGAAAGCUAUCGUUCUCUGAUCCUGACCCUGACACACCCAUACACACCUUCACACACACUUUCACUGAGAGGAUGUUUCCAUACGUUUUAACUUGGGAUGAAGUGAAGAUAUUACCAGGGAAGGUGUGUGUGACAGUGGAUCAUAGCAGUUAGAUAAACAGGAGGAUUAUAUCUCUGAUGGAGUUCAUUUCUCAGAGAGGAAUUAACUAAAGCUGCACCUGUUUAGUUUGAAUGAUUGUUAUUUAGUUGGAAGGUUUCCUUUUUGUAUCUAUGAUCAACUUUUAUUAAACUGAACUCCAUGCACUUAGCUUAACUUCUUCUCCUUAACACGUGGGACCAACCAAAGCUUGUAAGAACGAUGUUUCUCCAUAACUCUCAUUAACAUGGAGUUUGAUUCAGAGGCAAUGAGAGGAAGAGCUUUCUUCACAUGAUCAAUGAGUUCAGAGCUUUAUGUCGGGUUAGUUUAACCUUUUCUGUUUCUUUGAUUCUGUGUCAUUUUAAAUUGUUGUUCAUUUCUGAUUUGUGUGUGACGGGAUCCAGAGUAAAUAAAAACAUGUAUCCACCUGAA